AUGGAACCGAACGCAAUGGAGUUCGAAGUGGAAGAGAAUCUCAGGCGUCUCUCCCAACCAAGGCAAAAUUUAACUAAUCACAGUAUUGGAACUGUUUUUCAGCCAAACAGUGCCACGGCCGGCCCAAGCGACACAAAUGCAACCAUCAUACAGAUGAUGCAACUGAUGCAGCAGCAGAUGGCUCAUCAGCAGGAGCUGCUAACCACGCUUAUGCAGCGCUCCACACCCGGCCUAAGCAGUGAAUCACCAGUAGAAACAACGCUGGAUUUCAUUGCGCGACAAAUCAGUGAGUACAAAUAUGAACCCGAAGAAAACAGAACGUUUACCGCGUGGUACGCACGUUAUGAGGAGCUUUUUGAGAAAGAUGCUUUACACAUAGAGGAUGCAGCUAAGGUUAGGGUGCUUCUGAGGAAGCUUAGUACAAGUGAACACGAGCAUUAUAUGAACUUUGUGCUACCCAAGCAUCCCGGAGAUUUUUCGUUUGCGGAAACAGUGACCAAACUGAAAGCGUUAUUUAGUGCGAAAGAGACAAUUUUAAGCAAGCGUUACAAGUGUCUGAAAAUAGUGAAAACUCAAUCGGAAGACUUUAUGUCGUAUGCGUGUAGGGUUAACCGUGCGUGUGAAGAUUUUGAAUUGAAAGCUAUGACGGAAAAUCAACUAAAGGCAUUAGUAUUCGUGUGUGGUCUCAAGAACGAAAAUGAUUUUGAGUACCGAACGCGGUUAUUGAAUACGAUCGAAAAGCACGCAGAAAUUUCCCUGGAACAAUUAUCUACCGAAUGUCAAGGCAUAAUUAAUUUGCACGCAGAUAGCGCAAUGAUUGAAGAUAGUGAAAAUAGAAAGGUAGCCGCGAUAAGAAAAUGGCCGUCAGCAAACUCGAAAUUUCUGCCAAAAGCAAAUGGCAAUCAGCAACGAUUUCAAAAUGGUAGUCAGCAACGGUUCCAAAAUGGUAGUCAGCAACGUUUUCAAAAUGGUAGUCAGCAACAUUUGCAAAAUGGAGGAGGUCUAUCAGGCAUCAAACCAAAAACCCCAUGCUGGUAUUGUGGUAUGCAGCACUGGGUGCGUGAUUGUACAUUCAAAUAUCACAAAUGCAAGCAAUGUGGAACAGUAGGUCACAAGGAAGGAUUUUGCAGAAAUCGAAAGAGCCCUCAGAAAACAAUUUAUUCUAAUACACACGUAAGGGUGGUGCGUGUGAAUGCGUGUUGCAUAACGAAACGAAGAAAAUACGUGACAGUGUGCGUGAACGGAAGGUCGUUACAGUUACAAUUGGAUACUGCUUCUGAUAUAACGGUAAUAGGACAGCAGUCCUGGAGACAGAUAGGCGAACCGCAAUUGAAUAGGCCAACAGUGAAGGCACUAACAGCAGCAGGCACGAUUUUUGAACUAAUCGGAGAGUUCUCGGCGAAUAUCAUAAUUCAUGGUGUUGAACGUUUUGCAGUAAUUCGGGUGGCAAAAGCAGACGUAAAGCUGUUAGGUGCAGAUGUGAUCGAACUUUUCGAGUUGUGGUCCGUGCCAAUGAAUGUAUUUUGCAACAAUAUCAGUAAUAAUUCAGCAAAGAUGACGAUAAUAAGUCUCCAAAGGCAGUUUCCAGAAGUUUUCAAUGGAACAGGAGUAUGUAAAAAAGUUCAGGUGCAAUUAAAACUUCGAGAUGAUGUUACCCCUGUUUUUCGACCCAAAAGGCCAGUGGCCUAUGCUAUGAGAGAAGUAGUCGAAAAGGAAUUAGAUAGACUUGAGCAAAACGGUGUGAUUACUCCCAUUAACUAUUCAGACUGGGCAGCGCCGGUUGUGGUUGUGCGCAAAUCUAACGGAAAGAUACGUAUAUGCGGUGAUUACUCGACAGGUUUAAAUCAGGCACUUCAAGCACACGAGUAUCCCUUUCCAAUUCCGGAGGAAAUUUUUACCAAACUGGCACAAUGCAAUAUUUUUACAACCAUAGACCUUUCUGAUGCUUUUGCACAAGUCCCAGUAGAAGAACAAUAUAGGCCAGUACUGAGUAUAAAUACACAUCGUGGCUUAUACCAAUACAACCGCCUUCCGCCAGGAAUAAAAGUAGCCCCUGCAAUAUUCCAACAGCUUAUAGAUACAAUGAUAGCAGGCAUGGUAAAGGUAUGCGGGUACAUGGAUGAUUUGAUAGUUGGAGGUGUGACACAAGAAGAACACGACACGAAUGUGAAAGAAGUUUUAAGCCGCAUUAAGGAAUACGGAUUCACAAUCCGAGCGGAUAAAUGUGUAUUUGGCAUGAAGCAAAUCCGAUAUCUUGGUCACAUUAUAGAUGGAAAAGGUAUUCGUCCAGACCCGGCAAAGAUCGAAGCAAUUUUAAACCUACCACCGCCAACAGAUAUAUCAGGGCUUCGUUCGUUUAUUGGAGCUAUUAAUUAUUACGGCAAAUUUGUGCCCGAAAUGAGAGACCUCCGCUACCCUUUAGACAGUCUACUCAAGCAUGGUGAGCAUUUUCAAUGGUCAAAGCAAAGCGAGGAAAGUUUUCAAGCAUUUAAGAAAACUCUCUCUUCAGACCUAUUACUCACGCAUUAUGAUCCUAAGGCAGACAUCAUAGUCUCAGCCGACGCGUCAUCAGUUGGUCUAGGCGCCACAUUAAGCCACAAGUUUCGAGACGGCAGCGUCAAAGUCGUUCAGCAUGCAUCAAGGGCACUGACAGAGACAGAAAAGAAGUACAGUCAGAUAGAUCGCGAAGGACUAGCGAUAGUAUUUGCAGUGACAAAGUUUCACAAAAUGAUAUAUGGGCGUCAUUUCAAGCUACAAACAGAUCAUAGACCGUUACUCCAAAUUUUUGGUUCAAAGAAGGGAAUUCCAGUGUACACAGCAAAUAGAUUACAAAGAUUUGCCCUUACAUUACAACUAUAUGAUUUCGAUAUUGAUUACGUUCGCACUGAUCAUUUUGGAGAUGCUGAUUUAUUAUCAAGAUUAAUCAAAAAGCGAACUCAGCCGGAGGAGGAGUAUAUCGUAGCAAGUAUUGAGUUGGAAAAAGAUAUACGAUCAGUAGCCGUGAGCUCGUUAUGUACGCUUCCGUUAAACUUCAGAGAUGUUGCAAACGCCACUCAAACAGACAAAUUAUUACGAAAAGUAUAUCAGUAUAUUCAGCAAGGUUGGCCAGAAAAUAAUACUUUUGGGUUGGAGUUUGCUCGAUAUUACAGCAGAAAAGAUGCACUCUCCAUAGUGGAUGGAAGUAUUUUAUUUGGUGAAAGGCUUGUUAUUCCACAGAGUCUGCAAAAGAGAUGUUUAGAGCAGUUUCACCAAGGGCAUCCGGGAGUGCACCGAAUGAAGGCGUUGGCACGCAGUUAUGUAUAUUGGCCCACCUUAGAUAGAGACAUUGCUGAAUGUGUGAGUACGUGCUCAUCUUGUGCAGCUGCAGCCAAGUCACCUCCACACGAGGUCCCAUUGCCUUGGGAGAAAACAAUAGUACCGUGGCAGAGAGUCCAUUUGGACAACGCAGGUCCCAUUGACGGGGAUCAUUUUCUAAUUGUUGUGGAUGCUUACACAAAACGGCAUGAGAUAGUUAAAACAAAUAGUAUCACAACUGCAGCAACGGUAGCUAUACUAAGAGGUUUAUUCGCUAGGUUUGGAAUGCCAACUAUACUAGUCACAGAUAACGGAACACAAUUUACAAGCGAAACAUUUAAUGAUUUUUGCACAGCGCAUGGAGUACAUCAUAUAAGAACAGCACCCUUUCAUCCGCAAUCGAACGGUCAAGCCGAGCGUUUUGUCGAUACAUUCAAGAGAGCACUAGUGAAAAUCAGAAACGGAGACACGUCUCUGCAAGAAGCAAUUGAUAUAUUCUUAUUGGCUUAUAAAACCACACCAAACGCACAAUUACAAGAAUGCAAAACGCCAGCAGAAGCAAUGUUUGGAAGGAGAUUAAGAACAAGUUUCGAACUGUUGCGUCCACCAACAAAAUCCCAGUACAGAUCAUUCGAUACAGAGCUAAGAGCAUUUGCAAUUAACGAUCCAGUGUAUGUAAAGGAGUACAAGCGGAAUUCGUGGAGUUGGACUCCAGCAGUAAUUAUCAAACGAUGCGGAAACGUUAUGUAUUUAGUCAAAACCAAUGCGCAACAAAGAGUAUUAAGAAGCCAUGUAAAUCAGAUGCGUAAAAGGGUCAUAUCUAGAGCUCGUCAAGCAGUAGGCACGUUGGCGAGUCGCCUGCCAUUAAACGUCCUGUUGGAUACUUGGGGUCUAUCCACAUCAUCGCCUGUACCUAAGUCAUCAUCUUCGUCACCUAAGUCAUUGUCUUCGUCACCUAAGUCAUCGUCUUCGUCAUCUACAUCCUCGCCUGCUUCUUGGCUGUCGGCACAGUCAUCAUCAUCAUCAUCGAUGCCAGAACAGACAGUAGAGAUUCGUCAUCAGCACCAGGACAACUUCAUCCCUCCAGAGCAGAGUACAGCAGAACAGAUACCGCCACUUCGCCGCUCCUCUAGGCCUAGAAGAGUUCCGCGAAGGUUUGACUCGUAUCAACUAUCCUAA